ACGUCUAUUUUUGUUUUUUGUUAUUACAGAAUCUCUCUUUUCUCCCCAAAUUUUAUACAAAAUAUGAAUUAAUAAUAUACAGUGUGUUAUAUGGAUCCAUAUUCUCUCAUAGUCCUAUUGUCUCAUAUUUAAUAGGUUUUUGUCUAUUUUCAAUAUAUUCCGUCGAUUUGUUAUAAUAUGGAAUUUAACAUGGAAAUUGAAGAAAAGUUUGUUGAACAUGACCAAAAAUAUGUACAUACUCAGCUCUCCACAUCAACGGAUUUUGUGGACUUGAAGAAUGAACCAGAAGAGGAUCAGUCAGCAAUGGAAGGACAACUCAAAAUUAAGGAAGAGUUUGUAGAUCAUAAAGAGAUAAAGAAUGAACUAGAAGAAGAUGGCUCAGGUCCUUCCUACCAGAAGAACGGAAUGGAAAUUAUGGCAAUUUUACCUAAAGAUUCAUUUAAUAAAAACCAAAUAAGUGUAAGCUCCGAAGAAAUAACAAUAAAUAAUUUAAAUGAACAUAUGAACAUCGAGACUGGAGAAGGUCUGGCGAAGAACAAUUGUCAAAUUUGUUUUAAACAGUUUUCUCACCUAGUUCAUUUGGAACAACAUAUGAAAGUUCACACUGUGGAAAGAGUUUUUCAGUGUGAAAUUUGUUUAAAACAGUUUAUUACUACAAAUGAUCUGAAAAAACAUUUGAGAGAGCAUACUGGAGAAAAACCUCCCGAGUGUGAAAUUUGUUUUAAGAAGUUUUCUGACGCAGGUUUUUUGAAAAACCAUUUGAAAGUGCACACUGGGGAAAGACCUUAUAAGUGUGAAAUUUGUUUUAAACAGUUUUCUAAGGCUGGUUCUUUGAAAAGACAUUUGAGAAUACAUACAGGAGAAAAACCUUAUAAGUGUGAAAUUUGUUUUAAGGGCUUCACUCGAACAGAUGAUUUAAAAAGUCAUUUGAGAGUCCACACUGGAGAAAAAUCUCUCGAGUGUGAAAUUUGUUUUAAGCUGUUUAGUGACUCAAGCAGUUUGAAAAAGCAUUUGAGAGUGCACACUGGAGAAAAAUCUUAUCAGUGUGAAAUUUGUUUAAAACAGUUUAGUGAAGCAGGUCUUUCUGACAAGAAGAACCGAAUGGAAAUUAUGAAAAUUUUACAUGAAGAUUCAUUUAAUAAAAACCAAAUAAGUGUAAACUCAGAAGAAGUAACAAUAAAUAAUGUAAAUGAUCAUAUGAACAUAGAGACUGGAGAAGGACUGGCGAAGAACAAAUGUGAAAUUAGUUUUAAGCAGUUUAAUGACUCAAGCAGUUUGAAAAAGCAUUUGAGAGUGCAUACUGGAGAAAAACCUCACAAGUGUGAAAUUUGUUUUAAGCAGUUUUCUCACCUAGUUUAUAUGAAAAAACAUUUGAGAGUGCACACAGGGGAAAAACCUUACCAGUGUGAAAUCUGUUUAAAACAGUUUAUUACUACAUAUGAUUUGAAAAAACAUUUGAGAAUGCACACCGGGGAAAAACCUCCCGAGUGUGAAAUUUGUUUUAGGAAGUUUUCCGACGCAGGUUGUUUGAAAACCCAUUUUAGAGUGCACACUGGGGAAAGACCUUACAAGUGUGAAAUCUGUUUUAAGCAAUUUAGUGUGUCAAGUAGUUUGAAAAAACAUUUAAGAGUGCACACUGGAGAAAAACCUUACCAGUGUGAAAUUUGUUUAAAACAGUUUAGAGAAGCAGGUCAGUUGAAAACACAUUUGAGAGUGCACACUGGGGAAAAACCUUACCAGUGUGAAAUUUGUUUUAAGCAGUUUUCUCACCUAGUUUAUAUGAAAAAACAUUUGAGAGUGCACACCGGAGAAAAACCUCCAGAGUGUGAAAUUUGUUUUAAGAAGUUUUCCGACGCAGUUUGUUUAAAAAACCAUUUAAGAGUGCAUACUGGGGAAAAAUCUUACAAGUGUGAAAUCUGUUUUAAGCAGUUUAGUGGAGCAAGUAGUUUAAAAAAACAUUUAAGAGUGCACACUGGAGAAAAGCCUCACAAGUGUGAAAUUUGUUUUAAACAGUUUUCUCAACUAGUUCAUAUGAAACAACAUAUGAAAGUUCACACUGGAGAAACACCUUACCAGUGUGAAAUUUGUUUAAAACAGUUUAUUACCACAUAUGAUUUGAAAAAACAUUUGAGAAUGCACACCGGAGAAAAACCUCCCGAGUGUGAACUUUGUUUUAAGAAGUUUUCCGACGCAAGUUGUUUGAAAACCCAUUUGAGAGUGCACACUGGGGAAAGACCUUACAAGUGUGAAAUCUGUUUUAAGCAAUUUAGUGUGUCAAGUACUUUGAAAAAACAUUUAAGAUUGCACACUGGAGAAAAAUCUUACCAGUGUGAAAUUUGUUUAAAACAGUUUAGAGAAGCAGGUCAGUUGAAAAUACAUUUGAGAGUACACACUGGAGAAAAAUCUUACAAGUGUGAAAUUUGUUGUAAGCAAUUUUCUCAGGCAGGCACCUUAAAAAGACAUUUGAAAGUGCACACUGACGAAAAACCUUAAAAGUGUAAAAUUUGUUUAAAACAGUUUAUUACUACAAGUGAUUUGAAAAGACAUUUGAGAACACAUCGCACCUUUGGGGAAACAGUGACACAAGCGUAAAUUUUUCACAAAUUGCGUUUUCAACACUACGAUAUUCCUACAUCCUACUCUUUACAUCCGACGAACAAAAGGGGGCAUGAUAACUUUCAACGUUUGACCACAUGGUAAACAAAAACAGCAUGUCUCGUCUACAUAUGCGAGGUACUCACGAUCAACUAUCAACUUGUUGCGCAACGUGUGGCAACGUUGCAUCAAGUCACCCGUUUCAAUCGGGAGACUUUAAACCUGCGAUUUUUGGUCUCGCAACAGCCCGUGGUCCAAAUUUAGUGUAUAGAUAUGUUUACUGAGGCAUCCCGAGACACGUCUCUGAGACCAAAACCGCCAGUGACGUAGCGAUAGAUCAGUGGGCCCUGGUUCCAGUUGGGAUGCGGGCCCUUCCGCCCAAUAAAAACCCACAUUGUAUAACAAAACUUAACAUUAAAUAUAAAUCAUAAUUUUUUGUAAAAACUCAAGCUAAUGUAGAGUUCAUUUUUUACUCACGGUUUUUGCUUGAAAUUUUAAAGAACUGCUUGGAUUGACACGAAAUUUGGCAUACACAUAGCUAACAUGUCAAAUAAGGACAGUGAUAUUGUGCCGAUAUGUGCUUUUGGCCUGGGGGUGAGUUACACCCCUUCUCGGGGUCACUCGGGGGUGAAAAAACAUACGCUCAAGACGACUAUGGUUACAACAAAGGAAAUCGACAAAAUCUACAGUGAAGACGCAAGAGAUUUCAAAUGCCACCCUAAAACUCGAAAGACAAUAAGACCCAGGAAUCGAUGAAAUCUUAUAAAAUCUGAAUGUACCUAUUGGCAUUUUAAUGGAUCUGAAUCUGGCAAUGUAUUGUUUGAAAGACUUAAACAUUUUACAAAGGAUAUUGUUGGUCAAUAUCAAUGCGGAUAACUAUACCUACAUCAAAUUCAAGCACAUAGACAGAUUCUAGAAAAGUCACUAGAGUAUAACAUAGAUACACACCAUCUCUUCGUCGACUUUAAAAUAUCAUAUGACAGUGUUAAAAGAACUGCAUUAUAUAUAAUGCAAAGAUAGACUUUGAGACCCCACCUAAGGUAGUUAAGUUUAUCCAACUAACAAUGCAAAACGUAAGAUCCUGCGUUAGAAUUGAAGUGGAAAACUCUACGUUCUUUGACGUUAAUAAUGGUAAUUCCGAUUAAGUUUUUCUACAGAGUGAAGAAAAGUUGUUGAAACGUAUCUACCAAUUUUGGAUAAGCUAAUUAAAGAAGCUGAGUCGUCGGUUGACAGCGUAUGAGUCAGUGUAAGGAAACUGGGUAACAGUGAGACUUUUUUUCAUUUAACCGUAAGUCCACUACUAGGACAUGCAUAAACAAAAUUUGUUCAGGAUUGUACUCUCACAUGUGUUCAUUACACAAGAAAAAGCUCGGUUUGUAUAGUUUGUAUUCGGCACAUAUAAGGUCAAGUUUUCAUUUGUCUCAGUUCUACCCAUGCAUGGGUAACAGUGAGACAGUACAAUAUUUAUAUGAAAGAAUACAUAAAAAAAUUGAGUUGCAAAAUAUUUAUUUAUAUGAAAUAAAAUAUAAAAAAACAAAUUUAAGUUACAAAGUACUUAUUAAUUAAAAAAAUAGUGAUUGAAAAUUGACGUAUAUUUAUUAAAUUGAAAUUUAUCUCGAAUGAGAAAAAUGAAUUUGGCCGUUUAGUAUGAUUAUAACAAACUGGCUUUGGCGAUCUCAUCUUGAUGUCUUUUACUAGAAAUUUUAGAAAAAAAAAUACAAAAUGUAAUUUUUUUAUAACAUCUGGGUAACAGUGAGACAUGUCUCAAUGUACCCCCCGUCUUACUAUUACCCAUUUGCCAUAAAAUUAAAAAAAUAUUUUUUUUAUUAUUAUAAAGUUAGUAUGCUUUGCUAAACUAUGGCGUCAUGUUUACUAAUCUACACACAAUGCCAUGGUAAAGAAAAAUCCUAAAAAUUAACAUGUUUUUAUAAAAAAUUCUCAAAGCACCUGUAUUAUUUCACUUAGUGCCCACCAAACACACUCAGUCACGAUAAAUGCUAAAUAGAAACUGCACGACCGCCGAACAUAUUAGAAAUAAGUAAUCUUGAAUACAGCAAGCACGCACAAGUAAUGAUAUCUACACAUGGCGAAAAGUAGGGAAGAUAUUUCAAGUGUCUCACUGUUAUCCAGUUUCCCCUACUUAGUAUUUGGUGUUGUGUGUGUUUUUCCAAAACAGAGUGAUACUCAAAUAAAGAAGUGUACUUCAAAACUACAUGAAAAGUAUCCUGAUGAUAUUGAAGAUGAACUAGUGCAGUUCAAAUAUUUUAUAUCCCAGCUUCAAGCUUGCAGGGAAAACGAUUUAUUUCCGCUUUACAGUCAUUUUGGGUUAUUUAUGGGAACAAACUCGAGUCGGCGUUUCCAAAUGUGUUAGUAGUUUUUAAGGUUUAUUGUACGUUAUUCAUUACAAAUGCAACAAUUAUUGUUGAAAACAAUUUAUUCCUGCUUCACAGUCAUUUUGGGUUAUUUAUGAGAAACUCGAGUCGACGUUUCCAAAUUUGUCAAUAGCUUUUAAGGUUUAUUUUACUCUAAUCAUUACAAAUGCAACACACGUGAACGGUCAUUUUCAAAAAUGCAAAUUAUUAAAAACAAACUUACCGUUCGACAAUGGCACAAACAUAGAUAACCCUUUCGUUACUGUAGGGACUUAUAUGUCUCACGGAAUUGAAUAAAGUGGUGCCUAUUUGUCCCCUAAAUUCACUUUAAUCAAAUAUAACCCUGUUACUAAACAUUUUUUUUUAUGUUAUGGAACUAACAGUUCUAUUAUAUAACUUCAAAUUUUUUAGAAAUAGUUGUUCUUGUACAAUGUGGUUCUGUGUUUUUUUAUUUUUCAAAAUUUAUUCGUAUAUUACUAGUGGGACACAUUGGUCCCAAUAUAAAACACUACCGGGACACAGUUGUCCCAAUAUAAAACACUACUGUCCUACCAAAGAAUUUAAGGAUAAUUAAAAGAAAUGUAUCACUUUAGGCACCCAUAAAACUUGUGAUCAUAUUUUUUUGUCUGUAAAGUUUUUGAUAUCUGCGGAAUGAAUUCAGUAAUGAAAGGGUUAAUAUUUCUUUCAAUUAUUGCUAUUAAGAAUGAUGUGCUCGAAAAUAUGGAAUUUAAACAUAUUUUAGUAUUUUAUUUCUAUGAAACUCCGAAAAUUUGCUUUAUAAUAUUGAGGCCUAUAAAACAAAACCUGCUGGAUCCAUGUUUUAAAAUUUUGUCAUGAGGCCAAAAAAACAUUAAAAAUGUCAAGUUUCCAAGUAGUUUCCGGCAUUUCUCAAUCAAAGGGGCAUCAAUAAAUAUCAUAAAACUUAGCAGAACGAAAAAAUUUGGAUUUAGCAGGUUUUGAUUCUGAUGGUCUCAAUUAUAAGGCUUCGAGAACUCAAACUAAAACUGCACUUUAGAGAUAAUUAUGUAAUAAGUAAAAUGUAUUAACUAUUCUAUUUAGCCAUAGCCUAACAUAUUAUGUCAUCAUUAGCUUUUAUAUUUUCUAAUCAAAAUAAAAUGUUUAAAAUUCA